AGCGUCAUCAUCUGUUGUUGGCGGACGACAGCUCUGCUUUGACAGUUUUGUGUUUAUGUAUAUCCUUCGACUUUCCUGUGUCGGCAACAAUCAUAUACCGUGCUUUAAUUGUAUUGUAUAAGAGAAACAUAGGGAAAAGGCCAGUUAUGAGCCAUGUCGUGUCAAAUUAAAGGGAUCGCUAACCUGGUGGAUCCCAGCGACGUCAGGGCUCGUCUUCUGGGCAACGUUGUUCACAAAUUUGAACAUAUACCUGCCAAUGAAUUGCCACUGCAGAAUUGCUUCGUCUCACUAUCUCCAGCUGGAGAUAUUUUAGCUAUUGCUUGGAACACACAUUUAAUCAUACUAGCUUCUAAAUGGGAUUCACGAGAAAGUAGUGAAUUAAAAAACAAGUUUUACGUUGUUUGGGACGGUGAUGUAACAACUGAACAAAACGAAUGGAUAACGUCUGUGAUAACUCUUCCACUCAUUUCUCAUGGGAAAUCCAGUGCUGGUGUCGACUGGACCUGUGUAGCUGUAGGGUUGAAUACUGGAUUUAUUAAAUUUUUUACAGAAACUGGAGGGUUGUUGUUGGAGGAACAGUUACAUAAUGAAAGUGUUAUCAACAUUAAAUGUCAGUCACAUUGUACAGCAAGAUAUAAAGGCGAUGCUGGAACUUUGGAAGACUUUUAUGUACUGUAUAAUACUGUUGUGUGUAUUUUACCAGGAUUUUCUUUGUUUUCAACUCUAAGGGCCUACAGAAAUCACUUAGCUCGAGUCAAGGCUAACUGUAACGACAAGUCUCCAGCAUCAAAUUUAGCUUGUAAAAAGUGGACUUUUAAAAACCAAGAUUUUGUCAAUGAUUGUGAAGUGAUUGGUUCAACUUCUGUGAAUACGUUUGAUCAUUUGAUGACAGCAUCGAUAUGCGGGGGUUACAAUGCAAGUUAUAGGUCAAGUGCACCACAACACAACUUAGUUAUGGCCACAGGUAAAAGACCAUUUGUAGGUUUUCACUAUGCCUUGGAAGGAGGCUCUACUCCAGUUUUAUCAGAUGUUGCUAUUGCAAUGGCUAACAAAGUAGCUAAUGCCAUUGGAGCUGCCGUUCCGUGGUUUAAAAACUCAAAAAAUCCUCCUACUCCAGAAAAAACAAAAAGUGUUGUGACUGAGCCUCCAGAAUCCAUGACUUGUCGAUUUGGUAUUAGUGACGUUUUGAGGGAAGGUGAUUGUAUACUAGUUAGUCCUAAUAAGUUGUUAUCUGUUGUUUGUGAUGCCAUGGGUAGAGUAAUUUUACUAGACAAUAAACAAGGAAUUGCAAUUAGAAUGUGGAAAGGUUAUAGGGAUGCUCAGUGUGGCUGGAUAGUAGCUAAAGAAGAGAAGCUCAGAUCAACUUUAAAAGAUCAUUACAGCAAAAGUGGCUCGAGUAACUGUCAGAAACGACGCAGGGCUUUAUUUUUAGCAAUUUAUGCUCCAAAAAAAGGUGUCAUUGAUAUAUGGAGUGUACAGUAUGGAACGAAAAUAACUACAUUUUCUGCCAGUAAAAAUGGAAGGCUUCUUUACAUAAAUUAUGGCUUAUGCGGGUUAAAUGAUUCAGCAAUCACUUCUUCUAAUCAAGCUCAGCAUCCUUGUGUUUUUAUCGAUCCACUAGGAGAAAUCAGAGAAAUCACUGUUCCAUUUCAUUUUGCACUAAGCAAUCAGAAUAGCAAUAGAGCUCGAGACAUGCACUUGCAUAAAAAACUGAAAAAAUUUUUGAGAGAAGAAGAUUUUGACAAUGAAAAAUUGAUAAACGAAGUCACUAAUAUUUGUCUAGAUUUAAAGACUAACGAAGUUCGAUUCCAAACCAUAGAUAUGCUUAUGACAAAUAAGCAUGUGACACCUGAUGCCCUUCUUUCUGCCAUUAAUUGUUUUACCAAACAGAUUGAAUUACAAAAAGAGGGUGAUUUGGAGCCAGAAACGAAAGCUUUGAAUUUGACGUUAAGUCAGCUUAAAAGCGUAACAAAGUUUUAUAAGUACUUGAGAUCUCAGUACGAUCAACCCCCUGAGUACAACACUGUUGCCUCGGACACUGUGCCUGAUGGAAAACAGUUAUCUUCCAUAUUAUUCACAUCUGAAAGGGAAAUAACCAGGAUAUUGAAAUUAUCAAAAAAAUUAGAAAACAUGAAAAACGCAAGUUCGAAAGUUCAAACUAAAGUCAAAUUUAAGGAAGUGGGCAGAACGUUUCUAGAUUUUUUGGCUUGUUUUGAAUUUGGCUCAACAGGUUUCUUAGGAUUGCAAAAAGAUACCAGCCACGAUAAAAUUUGUCAAAUUUCAAAAUUAAUAUUCCAAGGAUGGAUGUACUCGAACGAUCCGAUAUCAAAAUGGCAAAAUUAUGCCCUAAAUAGUGAUAUAAAACCAUCAGUAUUGAUGCAGUUUGCUCUUCACUAUUGGUUAACUAAAAAAACGGGAGCACCUCUGGAAAUUGAAAUGAUAAAUUUCACAAAACUUCUCAACGCCAUUUGUUCUUUGACAGAUACUGAAGAAAUAUAUGCGAGUUACAACGAAGUCUCUACCUGGUGGAAAGAUGUCCAAAAUAUCCUCAUUCAUUCAGAGUAUCCGUUUAAUGCAUUGACUGCUGCAAUGGCGUGCAGAGCAGUGUCAGUCAACAUCCAAAGGAAUAAAGAUCGAUUAGUUGCCAGUUUCAAAGAUGAUAAUGGAAACGACAAAGAAGAUGACAAAAAUGGCAAUAAGUCGGGGUCAAUGAAAGAGGACAAAGAAAAAGACGACAAUUCGUCACCCGAGGAAGAAACAAUCGGUAACAUAAGCGAUUGGGAAAACGUGAGCCGAGAUGCUUGUCAAUUCUCUUUGCUGAUCGGUAACUUGGAAGAUAUAAGCAUAUUGAAUGCGAUAGUGAGCAAUCCACCAAAAUUGGAUGACACUACGAAAUUUUACGCUUUACCGUAUGAGUCGACGCCUAUUUCGUUGGGUCUUAUUCUUUCCAAAGGGAAAGGCUUCGUAUCGGAAAUAGUAGCAAAGUGGCUUAGCUCGUCGGGUGUUGACCCUGCACGAUUGAUAGACACGACUGACAUAGAGUUCGAUCAAUUGCAACUAUCAACAGAUUCCUCCAAAGCUCAGUCCUUAAUUGAAGCCAAAGCCGUGGAAUCGAUACAAGAUACCAAAGCUGUGCUUGCGGUUUCAAUCGAAGUUGGCACUGAAGCAAAGACCGAUCAAAGUGCUGUCGCAACUGUAUUAGAAAAAGUGGCACUGCUCAAGCGAAAUUUUUCGUAUAGUCUAACGAGUAGCGUCUUACUCGCAAAUUUGUCCUGGGAGUUCGUUAUGAGCUGGAGCAAAGAUAUCCAACGCCUAGAUGCUUUAGAAGCUGCUCUCACAGUAUUACGUCAAAUCCCGUCCAAGCGCAUACGCCAUGGAGUUUGUUGUCUUCUCUGGACUCUUCAUUUGAAAAAGAGAAUGGAAAGUGCUGGAAAGCUAAUCAACAAAUCGGGAAAACUUCCAAAAGAGCGGCUGUGCAUGCAAGACGUGGGGCUUUCGGAUGUCCAAUUGACCUCAUUCUUGAAGCACUGUGUCACAUUUUUAGAUUUCUUUUUAGAGGCCGAGGCGUUGGAAGAUGAAAAUUGUUCCUUCAUUAAAUCGGAAGAAUUGUGGGAAGGUCACUCCAAUGGACCGUUGCCUUUUGCACUUUUGGCAGUCACCCAGUCCCCAGCAUCGUAUGAUUUAAUCAUUUUACAUUUCCAAUUAGCGAGUGUGCUUCACAUGAUAGCUCACUUUAAUUUGAAAGUACAGAAACCAUUGAAUAAUUUAUUUGAUUCAUCGAUCAAUCAAUACUUUUUUCAAGACAUAUCUAUGAAUGCCGAUAUACCUUGGUAUCAAGAUGACAGAAGAGAUAAUUGUCGAGUAGAAUUUUUAUGUCGCGUUAUUACGGCCUCAAUGGAGUUUAUCCAUCAAGAAACUAAAGAGGUGAAUAGUCUCAGCUCCGAUAAAGCUGUACACUGGAUGAGUAAAUGCCAGAAUUUAGCGUUGUCUUGGAAAAUCAGCAGCGACGAAUUGAGGAUCCACCAAGUUUGUCAAAUGUAUGUGAAUGGAUUCGAUCGAAUAGCUGAAGAAAUCGUAAUGGCUGUCAACAAUUUGGAGAAAUUAGCCGAAGAUCUUCUUCCAAUAGCAGGUGGCCGAAUGAUGGCUUAUUUAUCAAGAUCGCCUGACAUGCUGGAAGAAAUAUCGAGGAUAAGCCCGAUGCUCUUGUCAUACUUACAGUGUCUUUCAUCGAAUUCGCAGAACGUAGUUUUUACAAACUGCUCUAACGAGGACACAAUACAGCUGAUACAAAAAGUAGUCAGGAAUCUUCCCGAAACUCACAAUCAAUAUCGUGUAGCUCAAUCGAUGCUCGAUGCAACGUUUAUUUACGAAGUCGACGAACCGCCACAGAAUGAGAAUUGAAAAAAUUCGUUUUUUUUUAUUGUUGAUAUUAUCUGUUGAAUAUAUACGCUCGUUGCCAGAAAUUAAUGGUUUAUCUUUUUUCCCCUUAACGGAGAUGU